AUGAGAAGCACCCUGCCCCAGAUCACAGGGCCGGGCGCCCCCUGGGGGCCGCUGCAGCUGCCACUGCCACUCCCGCUGCCUGCCACGUCCUGGAUCCAGCCCGGAGCCGAGCGGCAAAGGUCCACCCCAUCAGCGAAGAAGGAUUUGCCCCUGCCCCGGAAAAGCAGCAGCUGCCGUACCAGUAACCGGAAAAGCCUCAUCCUGACCAGCACGUCGCCCACGCUGCCGCGACCCCACUCCCCACUGCCUGGACACUUGGGUAGCAGUCCCCUGGAUAGCCCCCGCAACUUCUCCCCCAACACCCCCGCCCACUUCUCGUUUGCCUCUUCCCGAAGGGCGGACGGACGCCGUUGGUCUCUGGCUUCGCUCCCUUCGUCUGGCUAUGGCACCAACACACCCAGCUCCACUGUCUCGUCUUCCUGCUCCUCCCAGGAGCGCCUCCACCAGCUGCCCUACCAGCCCACCGUGGACGAGCUCCACUUCCUCUCCAAACACUUCGGCAGCACCGAGAGCAUCACGGAUGAGGAUGGCGGCCGCCGCUCCCCAGCCGUGCGGCCCCGCUCCAGGAGCCUCAGCCCCGGGCGCUCCCCCUCCUCUUAUGACAACGAGAUCGUGAUGAUGAACCACGUCUACAAGGAGAGGUUCCCGAAGGCCACCGCGCAGAUGGAGGAGAAGCUGCGGGACUUCACCCGCGCCUAUGAACCCGACAGCGUGCUGCCGCUGGCCGAUGGCGUGCUCAGCUUUAUCCACCACCAGAUCAUCGAGCUGGCCCGGGACUGCCUGACCAAGUCCCGCGAUGGCCUCAUCACCACCGUCUACUUCUACGAAUUGCAGGAGAACCUAGAGAAGCUGCUGCAGGAUGCUUAUGAACGUUCUGAGAGCUUGGAGGUGGCCUUCGUCACCCAGUUGGUGAAGAGACUGCUCAUUAUCAUCUCUCGCCCUGCGAGGCUGCUGGAAUGCCUGGAAUUCAACCCCGAGGAGUUCUACCACUUGCUAGAAGCAGCGGAGGGCCACGCCAAGGAAGGGCACCUGGUCAAGACAGACAUCCCUCGUUACAUCAUCCGCCAGCUGGGCCUCACCCGGGACCCUUUUCCAGACGUGGUGCAUCUGGAGGAACAGGACAGUGGCGGCUCCAACACGCCUGAGCAGGACGACCUGUCUGAGGGCCGCAGCAGCUCCACCAAGGCUAAGAAACCGCCUGGCGAGAAUGACUUCGACACCAUCAAACUCAUUAGCAAUGGUGCUUACGGCGCUGUCUACCUGGUGCGGCACCGGGAGACGAGGCAGCGCUUCGCCAUGAAAAAGAUCAACAAGCAGAACCUGAUCCUGCGCAACCAGAUCCAGCAGGCGUUUGUGGAGCGCGACAUCCUCACCUUUGCCGAGAACCCCUUUGUGGUCAGCAUGUUCUGCUCCUUUGAGACCCGGCGCCACCUCUGCAUGGUCAUGGAGUACGUGGAAGGCGGGGACUGUGCUACCCUGCUGAAGAACAUCGGGGCGCUGCCCGUGGAGAUGGCCCGCAUGUACUUUGCUGAGACGGUGCUGGCACUUGAGUAUUUACACAACUACGGCAUUGUGCACCGAGACCUCAAGCCUGACAACCUCCUCAUCACCUCCAUGGGCCACAUCAAACUCACGGAUUUUGGCCUCUCCAAAAUGGGGCUCAUGAGCCUCACCACCAACCUGUAUGAAGGCCAUAUCGAGAAGGAUGCCCGGGAGUUCCUGGACAAACAGGUGUGCGGAACCCCAGAGUACAUCGCGCCCGAGGUCAUCCUGCGCCAGGGCUAUGGCAAACCGGUGGACUGGUGGGCCAUGGGCAUCAUCCUCUACGAGUUCCUGGUGGGCUGUGUGCCCUUCUUCGGAGACACGCCUGAAGAGCUGUUUGGACAGGUCAUCAGCGAUGACAUCCUGUGGCCCGAGGGAGAUGAAGCCCUGCCCACAGACGCCCAGCUCCUGAUAUCCAGCCUCCUGCAGACCAACCCCCUGGUCCGGCUUGGGGCAGGGGGUGCCUUUGAGGUGAAGCAGCACAGUUUCUUUCGAGACCUGGACUGGACGGGACUGCUGAGGCAGAAGGCAGAGUUCAUCCCCCACCUGGAGUCCGAGGAUGACACCAGCUACUUCGACACCCGCUCAGAUAGGUAUCACCACGUGAACUCCUACGAUGAGGAUGACACCACGGAGGAGGAGCCUGUGGAAAUCCGCCAGUUUUCCUCCUGCUCCCCGCGCUUCAGCAAGGUGUAUAGCAGUAUGGAGCAGCUGUCGCAGCAUGAGCCCAAGACCCCGGUGGCGGCAGCGGGGGGCAGCAAGCGGGAGCCGAGUGCCAAGGGUCUAGAGGAGAAGGUGGCCGGCAAGCGGGAGGGCCUGGGUAGCCUGACCCUGCGCGAGAAGACCUGGAGAGGGGGCUCCCCAGAGAUCAGCAAGCGCUUCUCGGCAUCGGAGGCCAGCUUCCUGGAGGGGGAGGCUAGUCCGCCCCUGGGUGCGCGCCGCCGGUUCUCGGCGCUGCUGGAGCCCAGCCGCUUCAGCGCCCCCCAAGAGGAUGAGGAUGAGACCCAGCUGCGCAGGUCUGCCAGGCCCACCUCUGACCCCCCAGGCUCACUGGACGCACGGGUCCCCAAAGAGACAGCUCAAGGGGAUGGCUCUGCCAGUGGCGGGGACUCCGAAGCCACGGACCAACCACGCCCAGGUGACCUCUGCCCACCUUCAAAGGAUGGGGACCCAUCCGGCCAGAGGGCCACCAAUGACCUGGUUCUGCGCCGGGCUCGGCAUCAGCAGCUGUCAGGGGACCCAGCAGUAGAGAAGCGGCCUUCUCGAACCGGGGGCAAAGUCAUCAAGUCAGCCUCUGCCACUGCCUUGUCUGUCAUGAUUCCUGCAGUGGACCCUCAUGGAAGCUCACCCCUGGCCAGCCCCAUGUCUCCACGAUCUCUCUCCUCCAACCCGUCCUCGAGGGACUCCUCACCCAGCCGGGACUACUCACCGGCUGUCAGUGGGCUCCGCUCCCCUAUCACCAUCCAACGCUCUGGCAAGAAGUACGGCUUCACACUGCGAGCCAUCCGCGUCUACAUGGGUGACUCAGACGUCUACAGUGUCCAUCACAUUGUCUGGCACGUGGAAGAGGGGGGCCCAGCCCAGGAGGCAGGGCUCUGUGCGGGGGACCUCAUCACCCACGUGAACGGGGAGCCUGUGCAUGGCAUGGUGCAUCCUGAGGUCGUGGAGCUGAUCCUUAAGAGUGGCAACAAGGUGGCAGUGACCACAACACCCUUCGAAAAUACCUCCAUUCGCAUCGGCCCCGCCAGGCGCAGCAGCUACAAGGCCAAAAUGGCACGGAGGAACCGGAGACCCUCGGCUAAGGAGGGCCAGGAGAGCAAGAAGCGCAGCUCCCUCUUCCGCAAGAUCACGAAGCAGUCGAACUUGCUUCACACUAGCCGCUCGCUGUCGUCGCUAAACCGCUCGCUGUCGUCCAGCGACAGCCUCCCGGGCUCGCCCACCCACGGGCUCCCGGCUCGCUCACCCACCCACAGCUACCGCUCCACACCCGGCACGCGGCACCAGAGUGUGCAGACCGUGCAGACCGAGGAUGGCUUGGGUGGGGCAGCUAGGGCGGUCGCCAAGGCCGCACUGAGCCCGGUACAAGAACAUGAGACAGGCCGGCGCAGCAGCUCCGGUGAGGUGGGCACGACCCUAGUGCCCAUUGUGGUAGAGCCCGAGCGGCCUGGGGCCAAGGUCGAGGUGCCCUGGUCUCUGGGCUCGGACUGUCAGGGGUUGCCAGGAUCCGUACCCCUGGUGCCUCCCGCACCAGAGAUCCUCCGAGGCCCCGAACGCCGGGGGCUGGAGAUGGUGGAGGAGCGGACCACGCAGAGCGGGCCUCGCUCCAAGCCCACCUCCCCCAAGCUCUCCCCAGAGGCCCAGACCCCUUCUGUAGCCCCUACGAAAAAUGCAACAAGUAGCACAGGGCCCCCAGCCCCACCCACUCCCCUGCUCCAGGCCACCAAGCCUGAGGUGGGGCUGACUUCCAGGUACCCCGCUGAAGCUGUGCCUCCAUCAGGCCUGACCAAAAGGGCCCCCUGCCCCAUGCCCCCUGGCCCAUAGCUGAGGGGGCCGCUGGCCCUGCACUGUACAGCCGCCUGUAUACAUAUGUACACAUAUAAAUAAAGUGUGUCUGUGCGUCGUGA